GGCUGAUUAUAUAAGCUACGAACUUCAUUUUUCUGAAUUCAACUGGUAGCGACGAAUGAAAAUGACGGCCAAACAACAAACAAUCCAAAUCCCACUUGAAUCACUGGUCCAUAUAAGUAGAAUCAAUACAGUAUCAUUAAGAUAUAAGUGAUUGAUGAUUUAUUUGAUUGGCUUCUAUCAAUUUCUAAAUGGAUGCUAUCACCCAAUUGUGAGUUAUAUGCUUUGAUAUAUCAAUUGUCCUCAAGACUAACUCAGCCUAGAACGGUAAAAGCAUGUACCAAACCACACCUUGAAAGAAUCAAAUUGAGAAGUUCAAUCAAAUUCCAUCAUGUAUUUACCAAUGAAAAGGUAGAGAUUUAUGACGAAGAAGUCUACAUUCCCUCAAUUUUGAAGAAUUACUAUUCAGAAAAGGCUUCCAAAUCUGUUGAGGUUCAAAAGCCAAGAAAAGAAAGAAGGAAAUAUCAAAAAAAUGAUUCAAAUCAACUAAGAAGAGGCAGAGGUCGUCCAAGAAAGCACCACAUAAACGACCCACAAUUUAACGGGUCUCCAAUAAAAUAUUCAUUCCCUGAAAGCACCUCAUCGGAAAGACAUAUUAGAUUAAGAAAAUCCGCAAGACUACACUAUAAUUCACAAAGAAUAAAUGAAGGAGCUCGCGACGAAAAGAAAGAAGAUGAGUACGAAGAUGAUAAGAAUUUAAUUAUUAUUAGUGAUUCAGACGAGUCAAUUUCUGUAGUCCCCAAAAAAAUCAAAAGAUCAUUUAUUUUAAUAACUUCAUCUUCAGAUGCUUAUAAUGAGAAGGAUGAAGGAAGUGAUGAUUAA